CAUUAUCACUAUUGAUGUUGCUAAGGCUGGCUCUAUCACCUGUCCAUGUCUCCACACAUUAAUAUGUUGUGUUGCUACAGCAUUCAAAGGUUGUGUUGUGGAUACAGGGGGUAUUAAAUCAGGCAAUUUGAACUGAAGAAAACAAAUCGAGCAAGGAGCGCCCUGUAGCCUUACAUCAUGGCUAACGUUCUGCCUCUACUGGUGACCGCACUGGUUCUUGGAGCCACUCUCAUUCAAGGUGUUGCUGCUGGUGUUUGUCUGAGCAACGACAGCUGUAACGGCCAUGGAACAUGUGGCACUGCCUGUAGCACAACAUGCACGUGUACAGACGGCUACAGCGGUGACGACUGCACCAUACCUCCAAUCUGCACUGGCGGUGGGAGUGAGUGUGGCAGCCACGGUUCCUGUGAUAACUCCACGUCAACCUACGUCUGCAGCUGCACUGGGGGUUAUGCUGGCGACCUGUGUAAAACUGCUCCCAUCUGUACUGGAGGUGGCAAUGAGUGUGGCUCGCAUGGUUCCUGUGAUAAUUCCACGAGCACAUAUUUCUGUAGCUGCACUGAUGGGUACAGAGGAAGCACUUGCAAAACAGCCCCCAUCUGCACUGGCGGUGGAAGUGAGUGUGGCAGCCACGGUUCCUGUGAUAACACCAGGUCAAUCUAUGUCUGCAGCUGCACUGGGGGUUAUUCUGGCGACCUGUGUAACACUGUCCCCAUCUGCACUGGCGGUGGAAGUGAGUGUGGCAGCCACGGUUCCUGUGAUAACACCAGGUCAAUCUAUGUCUGCAGCUGCACUGGGGGUUAUUCUGGCGACCUGUGUAACACUGUCCCCAUCUGCACUGGCGGUGGAAGUGAGUGUGGCAGCCACGGUUCCUGUGAUAACACCAGGUCAAUCUAUGUCUGCAGCUGCACUGGGGGUUAUUCUGGCGACCUGUGUAACACUGCCCCCAUCUGCACUGGAGGUGGCAACGAGUGUGGCUCGCAUGGUUCCUGUGAUAACUCCACAAACACAUAUGUCUGCAGCUGCACAAAUGGCUACAGGGGCGACACGUGCACAACAGCCCCCAUCUGUACUGGAGGUGGCAAUGAGUGUGGCUCGCAUGGUUCCUGUGAUAACUCCACCAACAAAUAUGUCUGUAGCUGCACUGAUGGCUACAGGGGCGACACGUGCACAACAGCCCCCAUCUGCACAAGCGCUGGCAGUGAGUGUGGCUCGCAUGGAUUCUGUGACACCGCCACGGGCACCUAUUUCUGUAGCUGCACUGGUGGCUACAAAGGCGAUACCUGCACAACAGCCCCCCUCUGUACUGUCGGUGGGAGUGAGUGUGGCAGCCACGGUUCCUGUGAUAACUCCACAUCUACCUACGUCUGCAGCUGCACCGAUGGCUAUUCUGGAGAUUUGUGUAAAACUGCCCCCAUCUGCACUGGCGGUGGAAGUGAGUGUGGCAGCCACGGUUCCUGUGAUAACUCCACAUCUACCUACGUCUGUAGCUGCACUGGUGGCUACUCUGGAGACCUGUGUAACACUGCGCCAGUGUGCACGUCCGGUGGAAGCCAGUGUGGAAGCAAUGGAGAAUGCAAUACUUGUGGGACAAAAUAUUCCUGUCAAUGUUACGGCGGCUAUGGUGGCGAAACCUGCCAAACCAGUCCAAAAUGCAGUGUCAGGGGGUCUGAAUGUGGCUCGCACGGCACUUGCAACACGACAGCCUCCCCCUACAUCUGUGGUUGCAGCGACGACUACACCGGAGAUACCUGUACCGUAGCUCCUAUCUGUACUUCCGGUGGUAACGAGUGCGGCAGUAACGGGACCUGUGACCGUACAUCCUCCCCCAACAAGUGCUCCUGUACUGGUGGCUACACCGGAACACUGUGUGGAACAGCUCCGACUUGCACUACCACCGGUGGGGAGUGUCAGAACGGGGGGAAAUGCAACACAAAAGUCACCCCGUACACGUGCGCAUGUGCAGUCGGUUUCAGCGAUACAACGUGUGAAACUCGUUCUGGAGCAAACCACGUGAUCUUUUGCAUGACGUCACUGUUGCUUUUGGUUGGGGGAUCCCUCACUCUAUAAGCCUGACAGAACAGAUGCUGAAAAGAAGCUGACUGAUGCAUCCCCCCAGACGUCGGCAGCUUGGUAAUACCUGCGGUCUACCCCCCAUGAGUGCAUGGACGGCUACGACAUUCAUAACACAUGACGAUUAUGUCAAUAAUUCUCAUGCUAUUGCCAUCAACCCAAAUCGCUGAUUUUAUUGUAGUUUCCAUGACACGUGUUUGAUGGAUAUAUUCCAAUACUUACCUCUGCCCUGAAGAGUUUUGAUGCCUAAUGAACCCCUUUGAAACAUGUUCGACGCCAUGAUGACGCGUAGAAUUACUGACCAACGUUUUUUCCACUGAAAUAAACGGUAUAGUUCAUGAA